CUAGAGCGCGUGCGUGUUUUAUCCGCCAUUUUGCGAGCGGAGCGAAAUCCUCAACAGGAAGUCAAGGGUAUAGAGCUGGCGAUAAAAUUCUGCUUUUUUGAGAGGCUUUCGUCGAUCUUCAAAAUAUUAACAAACCAUGGCUUUGAAGAGAAUCAAUAAAGAACUGCAAGAUCUUGGCCGUGAUCCCCCUGCACAGUGCAGUGCCGGGCCUGUCGGAGAUGAUUUGUUUCACUGGCAAGCAACUAUUAUGGGCCCGGCCGAUAGUCCCUACCAAGGAGGAGUUUUCUUUCUUACGAUACAUUUUCCCACGGAUUACCCAUUCAAGCCUCCAAAAGUGUCAUUUACUACCAAAAUAUAUCAUCCUAAUAUUAACAGUAAUGGAAGUAUCUGUCUGGACAUAUUACGGUCACAAUGGAGCCCUGCAUUGACAAUUUCUAAGGUCCUGUUGUCUAUCUGCUCUCUCAUGGAUGACCCGAACCCAGAUGACCCUCUUGUACCUGAAAUAGCAAGGUCUUUUAAAACAGAUAGAAAAAAAUAUAAUGAUAUGGCCAAAGAGUGGACCAGGAAGUAUGCAAUGUGACAGUAGUGAAGUAGGAUUUCUAAUCAUUACCUUGUAUCAUAGCCUUAGCUGACAUUGAGAACCCUUUAUAAAUGACAUGUUCUAUGUAGCUUUUGGUGGUAUAAGGUAUUCUAUGAUUUAUUUGUUGCUAUACCCUGUACAAUUACCCAUCUGAUUGUAGCAAAAUUGUGCACUGACUUAAAUUUUCAAGCACAGAAAGAGUGCGGUGGCGGCUCUUUAUUGGCUUGCCUUUGCAUUAAAUAUAGUAGUAAAAAGUGAUGUCUUGGAAAAAUAGAGGAUUUUAAAGCCUUGUCAAUUGAAAGUGUAGUUAAGCUCAUCGCAUGCCAAAAAUAAAGCCAAUCAGUAUAUAGACAGCUGAAUGCAUAGUUUCACACACAAUUUGGCUCAAUUUUUAAAGUUUUGAUUUGAGCUAAAAAUACGUUUUAGAACAUUUAUUUCUGGUAUGAGAUGUUCUGGUGUAAGAUAUCUUCUGACAUUAUCUUCUGCUGUUCCAAAAUCAUUAUUUGUCUUGUAAUAUUUUGUACUAUUGUCUUUCUAUUUUGAUGUCAUUGAAAGGGUAAAAGAAAAAAAGGAAAGUGGAUUUGCUUGUAUAUUAUUAUGCCAUAGCUAACUCUACUGGUUAUGACUUGUACCACAGAUAGAACAAAAUAAAUGUUGGUUUAUAUUA